AUGGUGUUGCUUUUGAUCUCAAGCUUUUCUCAUAUUCAAGGACAACCUACUACCACUUCUCAGACAGAUGACACAGUUAGGCCUGAUCCUUUGAAAAGUCUCAGAAAAUACAGAGGAGGAUAUGACAUUACCAAUAUCCAUUACUGGAGUUCCACUGCGUAUACAGGAAUAGCAGGAUAUGUGCUUGGGGCCUUAUGGCUUCUAUGCGGCGUCGUAUUUGGUAUAUUCCUUGUGGCAACCACUUGUUGCAAAAUAAAUAGGAAACUGAAGAAACACAAGAAGAAACCACAAAGCCACAAGCAGUAUUACCUUUGGCACGUUAUUUUUGCAGCUCUCUUCACACUCUUAGCCAUAGUUGGAACAGGGUUAGUACUUGGAGGGAAUGCAAAAUUCCAUUCGAGGGCCGAUACCAUAAUCGAUAUCAUCAUCGAUACAGCCGAUGAGGCAUCAGAGACGAUAUACAAUACCACUGGAGCAAUGAAGAUGACACGAACAAACCUACAAGGAACCAACGUUGACGCUAGCACCACACGGUUCCUUGAGUCCACUUCGAGGCGGCUCGAUUCAACCGCUGACGAUAUACAACGACAAGCUAGAAGGAAUCGGCAUAAGAUCGAUCUAGGCCUCCGUAUUCUGUACGUUGUAAGUACCGUUAUUUUCUCGCUGAAUUUGGUUGCUGUGAUCGCCUUAACAGUUGUUGGAGUCAUUAAAAUCCGACGAGCUCUUCAUAUGUUUAUCGUCCUGUGUUGGUUAAUAACGGUUCUAUGUUGGGUGUUCUACGGGGCGUACUUCUUCUUAUCGCGAUUUGCGGGCGAUACGUGCACAGCGCUCCAAGGAUUCCAACAAGAUCCUUACAACAACAGCUUGAGCUCAAUCCUUCCUUGUGAUCAGUUGCUCUCAGCCGAAUCAGUCCUUAACGAUGUCAGUGCUGGCGUUUAUGAUCUCGUGAACGAGGUGAAUGCCAACAUAUCUCGCAUACAACAAGAUUCGUCUUUUGGAGUAUGCAAUCCCUUCACAGGGCCACCGGAGUAUAAUUACCAGCCGGACAACUGCACGGAGAACCAAAUUCGGAUUGGCGACAUCCCUGAGCUAUUACGGUUGAUCACCUGCGUCGAUCCAGUCAACGGAGUCUGCAAUGGCGGGAUUCCAAUCUCCGGGAUCGACUUCAAAACAGUCGUGGCUUACACAUCUUCGAUUCAGAUACUCCUGAACUCGUACCCUGGAAUGGAAAGCCUACUGAAUUGUCAAACCGUUAAGGAUGCGUUUUCCGAAAUCCUCGAGGAUCAUUGCGAACCAGUAAAGAGAGACGUAAAGAUCGUGUGGGCAGGGCUGGUGUUUCUAUCGAUCGUAAUGGUGUUUUUAGUUCUUACGUGGACCGUUGAGGCGUACCGUGAUCGCAACCGUCAGUUUUCGGACGGAUCGGUGAAACCUCAUCAUGCAGAAGAUAGAAUUGAAUCUGGAAGGAUGGAAGAAACUGCUAAAGAUUCUGUAAAUGGUAAUGACCGAUAGAAUGCAUCCUUGAGAGAUAUGGUGAUCAAGAGAUGAUAUUUAGGAAGAACAGGAGAUGAGAGUAUCCAUUGCGGCCAUAACUAGAACGUGUAGAAAAUUGGAAAAUGACGAGAGGGUAUCAUUUGUUUCUUCUUUAAAUAUGGGGACAAACCCCGAAUACAUCGUGUAUUAAUUAAAAGCAAGCAAUAUAUCACACGUUUUUU